AAGAACCAGGUCGCCAUGAACCCGACUAACACCAUCUUCGAUGCGAAACGAUUAAUCGGGCGACGAUUCGACGAUGCUUCGGUUCAAGCCGAUAUGAAACACUGGCCGUUUAACGUUAUAAACGACAACACGAAGCCGAAGAUACAAGUGAAUUACAAAGGUGAAAGCAAAUCGUUUUUCCCCGAAGAAAUAUCCUCGAUGGUUCUCACGAAGAUGAAGGAGACCGCCGAGGCCUACCUGGGCAAGACAAUUACAAAUGCGGUGAUCACGGUGCCCGCUUAUUUCAACGAUUCUCAACGUCAAGCGACGAAGGAUUCCGGUGCUAUUUCUGGCCUGAAUGUCCUCAGGAUUAUUAAUGAACCGACCGCAGCAGCGAUAGCUUACGGGCUCGACAAGAAAGGACACGGGGAGAGAAAUGUCCUGAUUUUCGAUCUAGGUGGUGGGACAUUCGACGUUUCAAUUCUGACGAUCGAGGACGGGAUAUUCGAGGUCAAGUCCACAGCUGGUGACACUCACCUGGGUGGCGAGGACUUCGACAGCCGAUUGGUCACCCAUUUCGUCCAGGAGUUCAAGCGGAAGUACAAAAAGGAUCUCUCGACGAACAAGCGAGCCACGCGUCGUCUAAGGACAGCCUGUGAAAGGGCCAAGAGGACCUUGUCCUCGUCGACGCAGGCCAGCCUCGAGAUCGACUCGCUCUUCGACGGCGUGGACUUUUACACCUCGAUAACGCGAGCUCGGUUCGAGGAGCUGUGCCAGGACCUGUUCAAGAGCACCUUGGAACCCGUAGAGAAGUCCCUGCGCGAUGCGAAGAUGGACAAGGCCAACAUCGACGACAUCGUCCUCGUAGGCGGUUCCACAAGGAUUCCACGAGUGCAGAAACUCCUCCAGGACUUCUUCAACGGCAAGGAGCUCAAUAAGUCGAUCAAUCCUGACGAGGCCGUCGCUUACGGAGCAGCUGUCCAGGCUGCCAUCUUACACGGUGACAAGUCAGACUCUGUCCAGGACCUCCUACUCCUGGACGUCGCCCCGUUAUCCUUGGGCAUAGAAACGGCCGGGGGCGUGAUGACAGCCCUCAUUAAGCGGAACACGACGAUCCCGACUAAGCAAACCCAAACGUUCACCACUUACUCGGACAACCAGUCGAGCGUCCUGAUACAAGUUUACGAAGGGGAGCGAGCGAUGACCAAGGACAAUAACAUCCUCGGGAAGUUUGAGUUGUCAGGAAUUCCGCCAGCGCCCCGAGGCGUCCCUCAAAUCGAGGUAACGUUCGACAUCGAUGCUAACGGUAUCCUGAACGUGUCCGCGGUUGAGAAAUCGACCAACAAGGAGAACAAGAUCACAAUCACAAACGACAAGGGUAGAUUGAGCAAGGAGGAUAUCGAGAGGAUGGUUAACGAAGCCGAGAGGUAUCGGAGCGAGGAUGACAAGCAGAAGGACAGGAUAUCGGCGAAGAACAACCUCGAGUCCUACUGCUUCAACAUGAAGAGUACCAUCGAGGAUCAGAAGGUUGUGGAGAAAAUCUCGCAGCCCGAAAGAAAGCUGAUAUCUGACAAGUGCACCGAGGUCAUCAAGUGGAUGGACGCCAAUUUGACCGCCGAGAAGGAGGAAUUCGAGGCGAAACUCAAGGAGGUUGAAAAGGUUUGCGGACCCAUCAUUGCCAAGCUCUAUCAAGCUAGUGGCGCCCCGCCUCCUGGAUUCCCUGGACCAGCCACCGGAGCUAGUAGGGAUCCCGACAACCCCACCAUAGAGGAAGUCGACUAG